AAGAGGGAGUAGCUGAUACCAGUCUCAUGGGAGGGGAAGAAAGGAGCCUAGUGAUACAAGGCAUCUCUAGUCCUUCCUCUGGGACUGAAAAUAGGUCACUGCUCCCUCUCCUUCUCCCUCCUUUCUGGCAACUCCAGGCUUGAUGGGGGUGGGAAUGAAAAACCCCUGGAGCUGCAUCCCCACCUGGCCGUAUGGAUGGAGGCAUUGGCUGUAUCUGAGAGCACUCCCAGGAGCCGGGAGACAUUCUUCAGACCACUUCUUCCCAGGCAUGGAGCCUGUGCUCUUCUGAAUGUAACCAGGCAGGAAAUAUUCCCAUGCUGUGACCCAAAGAAGCCACUGGAGGUCACUGUUGCUCUUAUGAAGAAUAACUAACCCUGGCUCCUAUGAGUAGAUUGCUCAUCUUCCUGACUUUUGCAGUCCUUCUUCCUCUAGUGCCUCAGCUUUUUUCCCUGCACUGCCUCAGCACAGAACCAUAGCAGUUACUAUCAUUGUUGUAUCUCUUCAAGACAGUAGAACCUGGGAGGUGCCCCAAAGGAGGCAGGCACAGCAGACAGUGCUGCCUAUCAUGGUUGAGCAAUAUUGUCCCUCCUCUGGAGGCCUGCCCCUCUGCCCUCUUUCACCUCCCCUUUCAGACACAGAUUCCCCUUCUCACAUUUCCCCAUGCUCUGGCUUUAACCUGUCUGUAUUUGGUAUUCCUGCUUGGGGCCCAACACUGUCUUCAUUUGGGCAGCCUAUACCCAGCUACUACCUUUCUCCAGCUCUGUCCUUGCACCCUGUGCCUUCCAGCCUGCUUCUUCCACCUCACUCCAUCCCUUCCUCCCUCCCCUCAUAAUCACUUCUCCAGCAUAAAUUGCUAAUAUCAACAGAGCUUUGGACAAGUAACUGUGAUCCUGCCCCCCCCCCCCGCCCUUUCAUUGUUCUAGCUAUUGCUGCUGAUCACUGCUUCCUGGAUGCAUCCUUGAGAGGUGUUGGGGAAGCUUCAGCCCAAAUUACAGGAAGUACUAAGAAAGAUGGUUUGGGGCCUUGCUGCUCUGGAGCAGUCCUCUUUACCAUAGGGGUAUGGGUUGUUGCCAGUAUGUGUGGUACUGAACAGACAGAUGUUCCUUCUCAUUUGCUCUGACUCUUCUGUGCUCCCAGCACCCUCAGGACCAUAUUUGUCCUCUCCCCGUUUCAUAGAUUUAAGGCCAGAAGGGACCAUGAGAUCAUCCUGUCUGACCUCCUGCAUAGCCCAGACUGCAGAAUUUCAUUUACACCUAGAGAGAAGAAAAUGGUUCUUCCUUCCCAAUAUCUCUGACGCCUACUCCAGAUAUUCCCAGCUGCUCCACACCUCAGGUUUCUCUUUCCUCUGUCUCCUACCAUCCCUUCCAUUCUGCAAGUCACCUCACUUUGGUUUUCCUGGUACAAAGACACUUUUAAAUGCCCUCACAGGACAUUUUUGCUCCUGUGUCUGAUCCUGCUCCCUGUCUAGAUGCUCCACUAACCCAUGCCUCUGCUUCUUUUUCCCAAGUCCUGGAACAGCUUCCCUGGUCUUGCAUUACUGAUAGCUCUCCCCUUUGAAAGAAGUGACAAUGCCAAUAACUCAAACCAUGUAAUCUCUGAUGCAAUCACCGUAUACAUCUCAGUUAUGUGGUAAGGCAUAAAUAGCAGUGAAAAGAAAGAAGAAGGUCCUUGCCCCAGGACACUUAGAUAGACCACCAGAUUAGACCCAUGCUGCCUUGGAUGACCAAUCAAAGGUGCAAACUCUAGUCAGCAAAGAUUUCCUGUCAGCUCCUUCCUUUAGUGACUGGAAAACUUUAUGAAAGAACAUUUUAAAGAGGCUGUUGAGAAAGGUGAGGAAAACUGUCUGGAAGAAAAGAGAAGGGGUAUUGUUCCAAGUAGAAAAGCCAGAACAGUUUUGAGAUUGGAAGAAGAAUCCAAGUGGAGCAAACAGGCAUGGGGCAUGAAUGGAUACGAUCAGUCCGCAGGGUGAACAGGGCUUUGUUCAACUUCUGAGCGUACAAGGUCAAUUAAUGUUGGGGCAAGGGGAGCAUUUGUGCAGUGACACAGGCCAGUCUGAAUCGUCUGUGGCUGGGCAUGCAGGCACCAGCCAAGGUUGGCUCCAGUUCAGGAGCCGCUGUCGGGACUCAGAUUAGCAUGAAGGUUAUUCCAGUCAGUUAUUUCUAUAGCCCACCCCUUUCCCCUCCCUUAAAAGGGAUUGGAUUUCUUUUGCUCAUAUUUGGGAGAGAAGAAAGACUGUGUGAGGAGGCAAGGGACCACCUCUGGAGCUCUCUGGCUGAGUGUAAGUUUGUAAUUUGAUGGUCAGAGAGGGGCACAGCUAACACAGCAACUCCUGCCCCCUCAGGGGCAAAACAACAGGUCCUAGCUUGUGCCUUAUGCACAAAGGAGAAGUAGAAGUUCCUGAAGACCACUUCUAGCUGUGAAGCUCUUCUGCACUCGAAUCAUGGCCUGGCUGCUGCCCAGGCGUUGCUGUCUAAAAGUCUGUUCUCAGACCACUAGAGGCCCCUUUUUGUCCAGCAUAGUCCGAGCCUGGAGCAGUGGGCCCCUGACAGCAUAUAUGCCAGAAGCUGUUUCCUUUCCUGGAUCAAGGAACCACCAGGGCCUUUACAGGAUGUCAGUGGAGCAAGUGGAUACAUUCUGGGGGACACUAGGACGGAACCGACUCACAUGGAUCAGCCCCUUUCACUCUGUCCAGGACUGUAACCUAGAGCAGGGCCGGGUUGCCUGGUUCCUGGGAGGACAAUUGAAUGUAGCAGUGAAUUGUUUGGAUCGACAUGUCCACAGAGCUCCGAACAAAGUGGCCCUGAUCUGGGAGAAAGAUGAACCUGGGAAAGAGGUCCAGAUUACAUACCGGGAACUACUGGAGUUGACAUGCCGAUUGGGAAACACCUUGAAACGGCAGGGAGUGAAGAAAGGUGACCGGGUCACUAUCUACAUGCCCCCAUGCCCUCUGGCUGUGGCAAGCAUGCUUGCAUGUGCCCGGAUAGGAGCCAUACACAUGUUGGUAUUUGCUGGAUUCAGCGCUGAGGCUCUAGCUGACAGAAUCCAGGAUGCUCAAUCAGAGACAGUGAUCACAGUAAAUCAGGGGCUCCGAGGGGGUCGGGUUACUGAGCUGAAGCAGACAGUGGACCAGGCUGUGAAAUGGUGCCCGAAGGUGAAACGAGUUCUGGUUUCCAUGAGGACCGAGCAAAAGGUUCCCAUGUCAGACCUGGAUGUGCCGCUGGAUGAGGAAAUAAUGAAAGAGGACGUGUGCUGUGAGCCUGUUGCCAUGGACAGUGAAGACUUGCUAUUUCUUCUUUACACCUCAGGCAGUACUGGCAAACCCAAGGGGCUGGUCCAUUCUCAGGCAGGCUACUUGCUCUACGCUGCCCUCACACAUAAGUAUGUGUUUGAUUACCAUGAUGGGGAUGUGUUUGGCUGCGUCGCAGACAUUGGUUGGAUCACAGGGCACAGUUAUGUGGUGUAUGGCCCUCUCUGCAAUGGAGGUACAACCGUCCUCUUUGAGAGCACGCCUUUGUACCCUGACCCUGGACGUUACUGGGAAACAGUGGAGAGGCUACAAAUUAACCAGUUCUACGGGGCACCCACAGCGAUUCGCCUGCUGCUGAGAUAUGGGGACAAGUGGGUCAAGAAAUAUGACAGAUCUUCCCUCAAGAUCUUGGGCUCAGUAGGAGAACCCAUUAACACAGAAGCAUGGGAGUGGUAUUUCAAUGUGGUUGGAGAAGCACGCUGCCCAGUAGUUGACACAUGGUGGCAAACUGAAACAGGAGGCAUCUGUAUCUCUCCCCGUCCCUCCGACCCUGGAGAUGAGAUCCGCCCAGGUCUGGCCAUGCGACCAUUCUUUGGUAUCAGCCCCUGUCUUCUGGAUGACAAGGGCAACGUCCUAACAGAGAACGAUGUAUCUGGAGCCCUCUGCAUCUCUCAGGCCUGGCCAGGAAUGGCACGGACUAUUUACAAUGACCACAAGAGAUUUUUGGAGACAUACCUGACUCCUUAUCCAGGAUUUUUCUUUACUGGUGAUGGCGUCUAUCGUACCAGUGAAGGAUACUAUCAACUGACAGGACGACUGGAUGAUGUCAUAAACAUCAGCGGGCACAGGCUGGGCACAGCAGAGGUGGAGGAUGCUGUGAAUCAGCACGCAGCAGUGGCAGAAUCAGCUGUGAUUGGCUACCCUCACAACAUCAAAGGAGAAGGGGUUUAUGUGUUCCUUGUGUUGAAAAAGGGCAUUUAUAUCUCUCGUGAGACUCUGACAGCUGAUCUCCAAGAGCUGAUUUCAAAGAAGAUUGCAAAAUAUGCAGCCCCCGAGUAUGUUCAGAUCACGAGCAGGCUACCCAAGACCCGCUCAGGGAAGAUUAUGCGUCGUGUGCUGAAGAAGAUUGUAGAGAACAAGGCCCACCAGCUUGGGGACCUGACCACCUUAGAGGACUAUGAAGCUGUGCAGAAGAUCAUUGAGGAGCAUAAAUGCCUCCUGCAAGGGGAGCAAGGCCAGUAACAGCAGCACAAUCAGCAGGCUCCCUGUUUCCUUUCCCUUCACUCCCACCAAAUUGGCACCAGACACAGAAAAAGCCAGUUACCAAGCACCAGCGAGUCAGCUUCACCUGUCACCCAUGGUUGCUGAAGACCCACAGUCCCCCUGAGAAGCUGACACUAUCUGGGGUGGCAGGGAUUGCUGCUGCAGGGAAACAGGGAGACAUGUAUCUGAGAAGUAGAUUCCAUAAGACCAGAUGGGCACAAUAGCAGAAUGACAGGAAGUGCUUCCUCACUGGGCUGAGGGUGGGAUGCCCUUACAUGAGGCUAUUAUAAAGACAUUCCCUGCCUGUAGCUAAUGAAGGGGGCAGAGAUUGGUUAGUUUUGGGAUGGAGGCUUCCUUUUCAGCAAAGCUCCCCAGUCCAGUACACUCAUGCAUGACUGAUGGCGAUACCCAGAUCCUCCAACUGCAUUCUAUUCUUCCAGCUGCUGUACAGCUGUGUCCAUACAAGGACAGAACAGCAGAGCUAUUCUGUCACCUCCCUAGCCUGGUUAAUAAAAUGCUGACACAUUUAA